UUUUCAGAUUGUGUGAGAGAAUCAGAGCAAAGAGAGAGAGAGAGAGAGAUGAAGAAAUCGGGAGGAGUUGAGAAAAAGCGGGUUCGAAGGUCUUCAGGAGCUGUUCAAAACGGCGGCAGAGAUCCCAACUCCGACACUCCUCCUAGGGACCUUUGAGUUUAGAUAUAUAUGUAUAUUCCUCACUCUGAUAGCCCACUGGGCAGGCAUGGUUGAGGUCUGCUGGUAAUAUUUUCAGAAAUUUAAACGGCACGCAUCAUGCGGAAACAAUCUGCCAAGAAGGAUGUGUAUCAGGUUUUUGCAGAGAAGGUGAGAGACCAUAAGGAAUUGGUGUCCAGAUGGGCUGUUUUACAGGAGACCCGCGUGGAGUACUUUAGAGGAAAGGAUUUUACAAGCUUUUUGAGAAAUCAUCCUGAGCCCAAAGAUAUUCUAGAAUCAGAUAGAAAUUUAGAACCAGAAGAUAUUGCUAAUGCUUUAUUGAGAAAGAACCUUCUAGUGCGCUGUGAUCGGGUGGUGAAAACUGUUCGUCCUGGGAAGAAAAAGUUGUCUACAUGGCCUGCACAUUUGGAGAUCUUUGCAGACCAAGUAUUUUCUGAAAAUGAUGCCUUCUUUGCAUGGACAUUUGUCAAACAAAGACCUCUCUGGCAAACUCUCCUCUCUUUCUUUUGGCCUGUGUUGACUCUAGCAAUUUGCUUAUUUCCAGUGUAUCCCCAUCGGUGCAAGCUACUAAUACUGUAUUCGUGUGCGGGGCUCCUCCUGCUUUUCCUGUCUCUGCUUUUAUUGAGAGCUACAAUAUUUGGUGCUUUGUACAUCGUUAUUGGAAAGCGUGUUUGGUUCUUCCCUAACAUUCUAGCUGAGGAAGCAACUCUGCGAGAACUAUUCCGUUUCUGGCCUAAAAAAGAUGAGGAGGAAAGACCAAAGUGGACAACAAGGGUUUUCUAUGCAGUAGUGGCUAUUCUGGUCAUAUUGCUGCUAAGGCACCAUGCUCCUGAUGAGGCUGCUAGAGCCAGGUAUCAGAAGCGGGUAUCAAACAUAAUUGAUGAUGUCCUCGAGUGGAAUCCAAGACUAGCUCUAUCUGGAAUGAUGGAGAAGCAGCAAAAUGUUGUUAAUGCCACUGAACCCGAGACAGAUUUUGGGGAUGGGAGCAAAAUGAGUUCUGAAGAUGACAUAGGUUCGGAAACAGUCUCAGAGCAGCGUGAGGCAGAAGUUUCAGACAGCACAGAAGACAGUGAUCAACAUAAACAUCACCAUGAUAUAUAAUUAUAAUAUAGACAUGCAAUGCCUAGUGGAAUAGACCACAUUUUCUGGCUAUUGAUUUUGAGUGUAAAACCAUGUAGACAAUGAUAAUAAAGUAUGUUUAUUAAAAAUUAGGAAUUAUGUGCUUUUUCUUUUUCAGGAAUUAUGAAAGGUUUCUCCUGGCCGAAAAGGCUUUUCUUCUGGCCGAAGGACGUGUAAAUGUUUAUAUACAGGGAGGUUGUUGGUCUUUACACCCAUGAAUAUACGCAUUUAUUUCUCUGUGCCAAAAA